AUGAAUCGUCGGGGUACUGGGUACCGUCAUCGUGUAUGCCAAUGGCCAGUUUCGCAGCUGACAGGAAAAUGUCACAAACUGGUCAUUCCACCCAAGUCUUCUGAUAAGAAGUUUGCUCUUCUUGUGGGAGAUUCCCAUCUACGAGCCAUAGCUGAUGGUUUUGUGAAGAUGCCAGAGGGAGAUCUGUCCUUUGGCAUUAUGUCUACUCCGGGUGCUACUGCGAUGGAAGAGAAGAUGGAGCUUGCUAACGUGAAGUUGCCCCAAGUGCCUGAUGUGGUGUGUGUCCUUGCUCCCAGCAACGAUCUGACACAGACCAAGAGUCAUGAAAGAGCUGGUGUUGGAUUCAGGAAACUGUUGGCUGUUGCGCUUAGUCAGUGCUCCAAUGUUGUAGUUGUGGAUUUUCCUCCACGUUACAACAUGGAGAUGUAUCCUCAGGAGAUGCUGCGUCAGGAGUACAGACGUGUUGCUGCUGAAGUGGGAGUAAAGUAUCUGUCUGCAGUGGAGCAUUUCUCCUUGGAUAAAUCUGAACUGUGGGCCCAAGAUGGUGUUCAUUUGUCUGACACUGAUGGAAUGCCUAUCCUCGUUCAACUGCUGUGGAAGGCGUCAUAUACGGCAACACGUGACGUGGUUCAAGUCCCUCGGCCUGUGACUGUUCCUGUUAGAUCAGCAUUGAAGUGUGUUCCUGCUACAGUAGCACCUGAAAAAAGUUCUGCCAUUGUGAGGGGAGUUGAGGUUACACCACCUCCUGCAGUGAACCUUGAUGAGUGGACAAUGGUUGGCUCAAAGCGGCGCGCAAUGGGAUCAAGUUCAUCUCAUGUACCUCCCAAGAGAGAAAGUCUUCACCAGCAGCCUGUGGUGAGAGACUGCUUCAUCCCACUAAACCCUGUCCGGUUCAGCCAUGCCCUACUUGAGGAGAUGGACAAACUUACUCCAUCAGCUCUACAGCAACCAGAUGUGACGGCUGUUCCAAGACGCAACCCGUUGCUGUGUAAGAAGCAGAGGUCCACAGUGGCUGAGGUCAAGCGGAGACCCAAUCAACGACAGAGGGGCGCAUCCAGUGCUGUUGUGAAGUCACCUGGAAUGAGUAGUGUGAAGGUGCAGUUUGUUGACAAUGAUCGCUCGCAAGGAGGCAACAAAGGUAAGUGUGUUGAGGAACAUCGCUUGCAAGGAGGCAACAAAGGUAAGACUAAGUCUCUUUCUGUUAGGGUUCGUGAUAUUAAGAGGUCAGUUCGUGGGAGUUUCCACCAAGGAGACGCUCGGUUUGAAUUUAGAGGUGUUCAGUGUAUGGCUAUUAGUCUAGUAGCUGUCGCUAAACAUACCACCCACAGUGUGUUUUCAUGGCAGUCAGCUGACCUUGAUCGGGUUGUAACAUUGGGUGAUGAGUUGUAUUCUUCUCUGAGAAAGAAUAAUAAGAUCAGUGGAGGAUCUGAGCUUCUUUGUGUUCCAGAUUUACCCAAGCAGCAAGUUAUUGAUGGCGAGAGUUUUGACUUUGAAUAUGGUGAUUUUGUAACUGGUGAUGUAAAUGUGGUUAGUGGAGACCUUGUUGUGGCAGGAGUGUUGACUCCUUUAAAGGAUGGUUUGGCACAGAUUUGUGGAAAGUAUGACACUUGCUUUCUGACAUUGAAUUGCAAUACUUGUGCAAUAAUUAAGGAGAAUGGAAUGUACGCUGUGGUAGAUUCUCAUUCUCGUAAUACAAAUGGGAUGGUUGAUGUAAAUGGAUUCAGUGUUGUUGUGGUGUACUGGUGCCUUGAUCUUGUGUUUGACCACUUUUUCAAGUUAGCAAAUAUGAUGAACCUAACACAGAACUUUUUUGAGAUUGCAGGUGUACGCGUUAUUCCCACUGCUCCCGCCGUCAACUCCACAUUGCUCUUUGGCUCUACUGUUACACAGACUGAGCAAGUAAUAUUUCCCAGCAAUGAUCUUCCAGAUGUUUUUAUCAGUAAUGUAACAGAAAAAGAACUACAAUUUGUCCCUCUAAGGGAAAAUGUAGCACAAGUGCUGUGUACACGGUUAAAUAUUGAAUUACAAAAGGUUGAUUCAAAAUCUACCCAAGUUGGCCAUUUAGGUAAACCUUGUAAAAAUGAGAAAGUAGUUGGUGAUGGGAAUUGUUUCUUCAGAGCAGUCAGUCAGGCCGUCAGCGGUACGCAAAACUAUCAUAGAAAGAUUAGACUUGCAGUAGUGAAGCAGAUAGAAAAAAAUGCAAUCUUGUAUCAGGGUCUUCUGAGAAGUGAGUAUUCCUCUGUGGCUGAAUACUUGAGCAAUUCAAAAAUGGGUUAUGUUGGUAGUUGGGCUACAGAAAUUGAGAUUCAAGCAGCUGCCGAUUAUUUAGAAAUGAGUAUAUUUACAUAUCAUCAGGAUCGCUGGAUUGAAUAUACUUGUAGUGCAAUGCAGUUUUCCAAUCAGGCACUGUAUUUAGAAAAUGUAAAUGCCAACCAUUAUGAAAAUGUAGUAUGCGUUCAUCUGCCACAAAGUCACAAAUGUUAUGGCUAUUGUGAAGUAUACACAACUCCAUCAGUCUACAAUAUCAGACGACAGACUAAAAAAGACAGCAAUGUGAUUGAUUCAAAUCGUGUGACUUCAAAUGUAAGUAGUAUAGUAGAUGCUGAUGUGGACACACAAGUGCAAAGACCUGGUACUUGUGUCUCUAAUUAUUUGAAAAACAAGUAUAACAGGCAUAAAAGAAUUAAAUAUCAGGAAGAUUCAUCCUAUAGGAAUAAUAUUAGGGCUUACAGCAAAGCUAAGUACAGUGCCAAUUUGGAGCAUCGCAAUCGUGUUAGAAAAUCAAACAGGUUGAAAAAGCAAGAAAUUAAAGAAAAGUCUGAACAGUUUGAUUUUGUCAUGAAACAAUUUCUUGACAAAGUCAAGCACGGUCCAGAUUUUGUUUGCUGUGUUUGUCAUAGGUUGUUGUUUAAAAAUCAAGUUUUAGGGUGCAAAAUAGAUGAUUACAAAACCAAAGCUAUAGCUUCAGUAGCAUUAAAGUGCAUCACUGAGGACUAUUUACACCAAUGUAGUGGAAAGUGUGAUUUGCCCUGUCAGUAUACAGAUACAGCCAGAGGUCAACUUUGGAUUUGUUAUUGUUGUCAUUGUAAAAUUAAUAAAGGUGAGGUUCCCCCUGAGAGUAGAAUUAAUAAUCUUGAACUUGAGCCUAUUCCAGCAGAAUUGGCUUGUUUAAAUAGUUUAGAACAGCAUUUGAUUGCUUUACAUAUUCCAUUCAUGAAGAUGUUAGCAUUGCCUAAAGGUGGGCAAAAUGGAGUUCAUGGUCCUGUUACUUGUGUUCCUGCUAACAUCGUGCAGACUGAUAAUUUACUUCCUCGUAAUGAAAUGGAUGGUUCUUUAAUCGGAGUUAAAUUGAAACGUAAACUAACAUAUAAAGGACAUUAUGAAUAUCAAUUUGUUGAUAGUGUGCGAAUUAGGCAGGCGUUGCAAUAUCUUAAACUAAAUAAUAAGCAUUACAAAGAUAUAGAAUUUAAUAAUGCAUGGCUGAAUACCUUUUGUAAGGGAACUGAAGUGGAAACUACAGGGAAUGAAAAUGAUGGCCAUGUAAAAAGUCUAGAAGCAUCUCUAGAUUUGGCUGAAGAUGAACUGCUGCAUGACAGGCAACAACACUGUAUGUUUCAAGACACAUGUCUUAUGCCAGUGGACAUUGGUCAGGAAGUGUUGGACCAGUAUGUUGAUAAUGUAUUAAAUGUAGCUCCAGCUGAGGGAAACAAUCCAGUCAAAUUGCUUUCAGAUAUGACUAAUGAAGCAAAGUGCUUUCCAGUAUUGUUUCCUCAAGGAAUUAACACAUUUCAUGAACGAAGGCAGCACAAAUUAACAUUGGCACGUUAUUUUAACAACAGAAUUUUACAUGCUGAUGGUAGAUUUGCCCGUAAUGUAGAAUACAUAUUUUAUGCUCAGUACAUGUCAGAGUUACAACAAGUUAUUUCAAAUGUGUCAAUAGCAUUAAGAAAAGGGAAGGGUAGGCAAGGUUUCCAACAAGUCGAUGUUAACAUUUUAAAUGAUGAUGCAUUUUUUAAAAAUCUGUUGGAGUUUGACAAUGGGUAUCGUUUUCUUAAACCUAUUAGAGGGACUCCAGCAUUCUGGCAGGCAGCACAGAGUGAUUUGUUGGCUUGUGUUCGACAGCUCGGCGUUCCUACUUGGUUUUGUUCAUUUUCCUCUGCUGAUAUGCGUUGGAAAAAUCUUCUGUGUAGCAUUUUAAUGCAGGAAGGUCGAACAGAAACAUUGGAACAGUUAGAAUGGGCUGACAGGUGUGAACUUUUGCGUCACAAUCCUGUCACAGCCGCAAGAAUGUUUGAUUUUCGUUGGCAUUGUUUCUUAAGGGAGGUUCUCAUGUCUCCUGCAGAACCUAUUGGUAAAAUUAAAGACUACUUUUACCGCAUUGAAUUUCAACAGCGUGGUUCUCCUCAUGUUCAUUGUUUGUUCUGGAUAGAAAAUGCCCCAGUGAUUAAUAAAAACAGUGAUGAAGAGGUUGUUGCAUUUAUUGACAAGUAUGUCACUUGUGAGCUGCCAACACAAGACAAAGAGUUACUUGACAUUGUGACAAAUGUACAGCAACAUUCAAAACGACAUUCAAAAACUUGUCAAAAGAAAAACAAAGUUUGUCGUUUUAAUUUUCCCAGACCACCAUCAUGCAGAACAUUUAUAUGCCAUGAGAAAAGUGUAGAAAAUCUGGAGACGUGCAUGUGUCAUGCUGAAAACGCAGAUGACAAGACGCCCUGUGAUUGUAAAAAAGACAAAGUUUCCAAAGAGCAAGCAGCAACAAUCCUGGCUUCAGUCAAAAAAGCUCUUUCUGAUGAAACCAAAAUCUUUGAGAGUCUGGAGCAUUUGUUUCAGAGUGUAAAUGUCAGUCAGGAAGUUUUUGAAGAGGCCUAUAAAUCCUGUGCUCGAGGCACACAAAUAGUAAUGAAAAGAGAGAUUAAUGAAGUUUGGAUCAAUCAGUACAGUAAGCCACUUUUAAAGUGCUGGAAUGCUAACAUGGACAUCCAGUUUGUUGCAGAUGCAUAUGCAUGCGUGGUGUACAUUAUUUCUUAUAUCUCAAAAGCAGAGAGAGAAAUAGGACUGUUGUUGGGGAAUGCACAAAGAGAAGCAGCUGGAGGAAAUGUGAGUGCAAAAGAAGCCUUAAAGAACCUUGGCAGUGUUUACCUGCACAACAGAGAUGUGUGCGCUCAGGAGGCUGUAUACAGGUUGACACCAAAUUUACAUCUCAAGGAAUGUUCAAGGAAGGUUGUCUUUGUUCCAACAGGUGACAAUGUGGUCAAAAUGAGUCUGCCUUUAAGUGUAUUAAAGCAAAAGGCACUAUCACAUGAUCUUACCUCUGAAAACAUUUGGAUGAUGAGUUUGGUUGACCGUUACAAGAAUAGGCCAGACAAUGCUGUGUUUACUGACAUGUGCCUGGCAACUUUUGCUUCUGAAUAUCGUAUUCUGAGCAAAAACGAGAAAUCGCAAAUACAGAUUAGAUUGAAAAAUGAUUGUGGAUUUGUCACGAAAAGAAUUAGAACACAGCCUGCUGUUGUUCGGUACAUGCGCUUUUCAAAGACAAAAAAUCCAGAAUUAUUUUAUCGUAGUAUCAUGCAGUUGUUCCUUCCCUAUCGUGCAGAUGCGCAACUUAAACCUCCCAAAUGUGAAACUUUUGAACAAUUUUACAAUAAUGGCCAAGUAAAGUUUUUCGAUGGGUCCAGACAUCCGGUCAAGUUUGUUGUUGACACCAAUAGAAGCAAAUUUGAACUUGAAGCAGAUCAGCUGGAUGACUUUCAAAAGUCAGUUGAAAGCAAUGGUGAACUGGAAGAUGCCUGGUGUGAGUUGUGUCCUGAGCAGGAAUUAGAGCGUUUAGAGACUCUGCAAUUGAGGACCCAACAAGAACAGCCAGAUGUGGAACUUUUAGAAUGUAUUCCUGAAUUAGCAGUCAAUUGCCCACAAAUUUCCCAUUUAGAAAAGAGAAACAUCUUGUCGAGAAAAGAUGGUUUGGCAUUGAUUCGGUCUUUGAAUGAUACACAACGUUGUAUUUUUUAUAAUAUUCGACAGUGGUGCAUUCAAAAAGUAAUAGGGGAAAAACCAGCACCACUACAUGUAUUCAUUACGGGUGGUGCUGGUACUGGAAAAAGCCAUUUAAUCAAGGCCAUCCAGUAUGAGGCAACAAGAUUGUUGUCUACUGUGUGUAGUCAACCUGAUAGCAUGUGUGUUUUAUUAACAGCUCCCACAGGUAUUGCUGCUUUUAAUCUUCAGGCAUCAACAAUUCAUGCCACCUUUAGCAUAGGAAAGGAUGUACGCUUACCGUAUACUCCUUUGGGUGAAGAGAAGUUAAAUUCUCUACGCGCCAAAUACAAUGAUCUGAAGAUCCUAAUCAUUGAUGAGAUCUCCAUGGUAGAUCACAGGUUGUUAACGUACAUCCAUGGGAGACUGAGACAAAUUAAACAAACUGGUGAUUUUUCACCAUUUGGAAAUGUCAGUGUCCUUGCUGUAGGGGACUUUUACCAGCUGCCUCCCGUUAAAGGGAAACCCCUGUAUGUUACUGACCCAGGUGUUGACCUAUGGUCCUCUUUAUUUAAGGUUGUGGAACUGAACACUGUUGUUCGGCAGCAAGAUCAGUUGUUUGCAAAGUUAUUGAACAGAAUCAGAACUCGGUCCAAAGAAACUCCAAUGCUACUCAGUGAUAUUGAGACACUUAAGCACUGUGAAAGUGGUGAAGUCAGCUCAGCAUUGCAUAUCUUCCCGACAAAUAAACAAGUAAAUCAACACAAUCUUCAGGAGUUAUUCAGGACUUGCCCUGAAUAUGUUAAAGUAGAAGCUCAAGAUUUUGUUCACAACAAGAAAACGGGAAAUCUCGAGUUGAUUAGUGGACAUCAUGCGAAGGCAUAUAACACAUGUUUGGAGGAAACUCUACUAUUGGGAAUAAAUGCACGUGUUAUGUUGUGCAAGAAUGUGGAUGUUGUGGAUGGUCUAGUAAAUGGGGUGUGUGGCACUGUGACGCAUAUCAUAACCUCAGACAACAGCUUUCCUCAAAGGGUGUAUGUCAAGUUUGAUAAAGAUCAGGUUGGUUCACAGAGGAGGAAACAAUCAGCUACUGCUUCUGUUGAUCUGAUGGCCUCUACAUACAUAGAGCCAGAAGAGGAAAAGGUCACUAGUAAAGGUGGAUUACGUCGACAAUUUCCACUUAAACUGGCUUGGGCUUGUACAGUACAUAAAGUACAGGGCCUAACAGUAGACAGUGCUGUGGUGUCUUUGAAUAAAAUAUUUUCAGCAGGACAAGCAUAUGUGGCGUUAAGCCGCGUGAGAAGCUUGUCUGGAUUAAUUAUUCAAGACUUUGCAGAGGAACACAUUUAUUGUAAAAACAACAUUAAGGAGGCAAUUCAGAGAAUGCCUCCUUUUUUCGUUGAAUCCGCACCAAGUCAACCACAUACCUUCUCUGUGUUUUUGAUGAAUGUGCAAGGACUGAUUGAGCAUGCGCCAGAUUUAGCUAUAUGCACAGAGCACUUACAGCCUAACUGUAUUGCGGUAACAGAAACAUGGUUACCAAACCUUCCAGCAUCUGAGAUCAUAAAGGUUGAUGGCUAUAGUUUUCACAGCUGUCCACGAACUUUAUCAUAUUCUGGCAAUAAUCCUCUGUUUAUAAAUUUGCAAUCCCAACAACAUGGAGGUGUUGGCGUAUUUAGUGCAAAUGAUGUCACCUUUGACAUAAUUCAGGUACCACAUUUCAAUUUGGAGUGUGCAGUCAGCAAAUAUGGUCAUCACGAUAUAUUAGUUGCUGUCAUUUAUCGACCUUCAUCUUAUCACAUGUCUUUGUUUAAAGAGCACCUCAGCAGGUUAUUUGAUUUGUUAGAGCCACUAAGUAACACCAUUGCUGUCAUGGGUGAUUUUAAUGAAGACAUUCUAAAGUCCUCCAGCGUCUGUAAAUUUGCUGAAGAUAGGGGGUACGUUCAACUAGUCACACAGCCCACAACAGAAAGAGGCACAUUGAUUGACCAUGUGUAUGUAAAAACAACACAGUAUGAGGUUGAGACUUCAGUUGUGCCUACCUACUUUAGUGACCAUGAGGGCAUUGUUUGCCAUUUUAGGGACAAAAAUAAGUGA